GAUUUUCCAUGUGUAAUCUCACUGCUCAGUCUUGUGAGAGUUUGUCAUCAGUUUUGAAAUCCUCAAACUCAGUUCUGAGAGAACUGGACCUGAGUAGAAAUGACCUGCAGGAUUCUGGAGUGAUGCUUCUUUCUGAAGAACUAAAGAGUCCAAACUGUCAGCUGGAGAUACUGAGGCUAUGUGGAUGUAAUCUCACUACUCAGUCCUGUGAAAGUUUGUUCUCAAACUCGAACAUCCUGAGAGAGCUGGACCUGAGUAACAAUGACCUGCAGGAUUCUGGAGUGAAGCUUCUUUCUGAUGGACUGAAGAGUCCAAACUGUCAGCUAGAGAUUCUGAGAUUGUCUGGCUGUAUGGUGACAGAGAAAGGCUGUCAUUAUGUGUUUUCAGCUCUGAGUUCAAACCCCUCACACCUGAGAGAGCUGGAUCUGAGCUACAAUCUCCCUGGAGAUUCAGGAGUCAAACUACUCACUGAAAAAGUGUUGGAUUCAACCUGCUCACUGGACAAAAUCAA